AGCGGGGCGGCAGCGGCGGGCGAGCGGGCUCGGCGCGCCCAUGGCCCUGGCGCCGGGUCAGCGGGCACGGUAGCUGCCUCCGGCCGUCGCCGCGGGCGAGUCGGAGCUGCCCAGGGAGAGCGGGCCGGACAUGAGCCUCGCCGCCGGGCUCCGAGCAGCGGCCGCGGACUGAGCCACAGAGAAGUUUCCCCGGCGGCGGCGCGGCGCUCCCUCAUGCACGCCCCCGGCCGCCGGCCCUGGGCCGCUGCCCGGCAGGCGCCCGGCGCCGACCGCGCCAUGGAGCCCCGCGCGGGGCUGCACGACAGCCCGGACCUCUGCCGGGGCAAGCGGCUGAGCGUCGGGGAGCUCCGCUCCCUCUUCGAGGCUCGCUGCGCCGCCGUUGCCGCCGCCGCCGCCCGGCAGCUGCCCGACCCGGCGAAGAGGGGCUGCCGGCCCCCCAACGGGGUGCUGCCGCCCGUCAUCCCCCGGCUGACCGUCACCGCCGAGGAGAGCGAGGAGGCGCAGGGCAGCUCCCAGGCGCAGCCGCCGCACCCGGAGAGCGGCUGGCUGAGGACGGACAGCUCGCUGCACCUGCAGUCCCGGCGGCUUUCCACCUCCUCGCUCUCCUCCACCGGCUCCUCGUCCCUCCUGGAGGACUCGGAGGACGACGUGCUGAGCGACACGGAGGGCAGGAGCCAGGGCAUCGUGCACCUGGAGCACGGCGAGGACACCAACCAGAAAAAAGCAUGGCAUACCAUUAAAACCAUGGUUAACCUACCAGUCAUCAGCCCCUUCAAGAAACGCUACUCAUGGGUGCAGCUGGCUGGGCAUACAGGGAGUUUCAAGGCAGCAGAUAGUGGGAGGAUUCUCAAGCGCUUCUCAGAGAACGAGAAGGAGUGUUUUGAGCGGCUGAUGAAGGACCCUCUGCGCUCCUGCGUGCCUCGCUUCCACGGCGUGGUGGAGAGAGAUGGGGAGAGCUACAUCCAGCUGGAUGACCUGCUGACUGACUUUGAAGGGCCUUCUGUGAUGGACUGCAAGAUGGGGAUCAGGACAUACCUGGAGGAAGAGUUGACCAAGGCCCGUGAGAAACCAAAGCUGCGUAAGGACAUGUACAAGAAAAUGAUUGAAGUGGAUCCUCUUGCUCCCACAGCUGAAGAGAAUGCCCAGCACGCUGUCACCAAACCCCGCUACAUGCAGUGGAGGGAAACAAUCAGCUCUAGUGCCAACCUGGGCUUCAGGAUCGAAGGGAUUAAGAAGGCUGAUGGAACAUGUAACACAAACUUCAAAACUACAAAGACACAGGAGCAAGUUCUACAGGUUUUCGUGGAAUUCAUUGAGGGCAACACAACUAUUCUGAAAAAAUACCUCAAGCGUCUGCAGGAGAUUCAUAUCAUCCUUGAAUCCUCAGACUUCUUCAAGCGACAUGAGGUCGUUGGAAGUUCACUACUGUUUGUACAUGAUGGCAGUGGGAAUGCCAACGUGUGGCUGAUUGAUUUUGGGAAGACCACCCUUCUCCCUGAUGGGCAAACACUGGAUCACAGGAUCCCCUGGCAAGAAGGCAACAGGGAGGAUGGCUACUUGCUGGGGUUGGACAAUUUGAUUGGCAUCUUGGAAAGCAUCACUGAAAGAUGAGACUCCUGAGGUCAUCAGUGCAGAGGGAGCUGCAUCCAGAACCCAGCAGUUACUGAUCAAAAUGACUGUGCAUCGGCCCUCUGUGAACCUAAAUAACUGCAGACUGGUGUGUGUUGCACCAGCCUAACUUCAGGCUGGCCCUCAGAGAACAAAGGUCUCUGUGCUCAGGAGUCACACCAGCAUGAGUCAAGAGGUCUGUAUGGUAAACCAGAAUGAUUCUGAUUUCUGGCAAACACGUGGGACUCCGCGUUACCCCUGUGAACCAGAGCAAGUGCUCGUGGAUUCAGGGUAGGAACAACAAUUGAUUUUUCAGGGAACUGCAGAGUUUUGAAACCAGCAAGAGUGGGGUUUUUUCCCCCUAAUUCCAAGUCUCCUUGCUCCUGUGCACGCUACAGGCUGGACCAACGUUACAUGUGCACGAGGUGGAAAUGGGCGAUAGUCACAAGAAACCUGGAGCAUGGGGACAUGGCAGUUUGAGGUGGCUGGAUGCAGUGACUGCUGUUGACCAUUCCUCCUCUUCCCUCCCCCAGCCUCGAUUCACUUCUAUCCAAGAACAGCCUUGGCUUUUUAUGUAGCCUCUCAGGAGAUGACAGAUACUCUAGGGAGAGAAUAGUGGUCUAUUGUCUCCACAAUCAUUUGACUUUCAGACUGGGUGGGCUGUCAGACAAGUGCCUAGCUUGGCAAGUUUGGCCUCUUGCAGCUGAACUGCAGUUCUGAAAAUCAGUAAGGACUCCUUUGCACACAGAGCAGGGAGCUGAGGGCUUUUUGCAAGGCCUGUUUCUAAAGGUAAAGCCCCUGUCCCCGUGCACAUACACGCACACACUAGUAGGCAGCAACCAACGUGAUCGCCUCGGGUCGUGGUUUGACUGCUGCUGCACGUGACUUCUUGGCCAUAUUCCUGUCCCCAAUUUGAUGCUGGUGCACAGACAGGCACAGCCAGGGGGAAGGUAACGCUUCUGCACUCACAGCAUCACACUAAUGGUGAGAGGAUUCCCAGGCAGCCUUCCCCCAAGGGAUCAGCUGUUAACUCAGGGCAGGUUGGGGGAAGGAAUGUCAGUGUGUCACAUCCCCUGGUCCCCGUCUGGAAUCACAGAGACAGCUGUGGCUCAUUCUUUUGCUGUGGCCCAUGCCCAGCACAAUCACAGUGUUUAAGUUGAAAAGAAAGACUGAAGGGAUUUCUUGUAAUGGCUUCACAUACCUUCUCUCUUGGUUGCCUCUGGAACAGUUCUCUAAAUCCUUGCAGUAUAAAUACCAUCAGUAUUCACACGUCCACUCACAUUCCAGCUUUAACGUUACUAAUGUGAUGAUGCAGUUUCUACAGAGGGCAGGAUUUAUAUUGCUAUUUGAUUGUUGAUCCCCUUUGAACAUGCAAAGCUAGUAAUGCACAGUGAUCAGAAAGUGCUGUCCUUUGCUGGUGUCCUGUGCUCAGGAGAGAUGCUGAGAACUUUAGGCUAGAUGAAGGUGACUGCAUGCUUUGGGAAACUGCUACUUCAGUAACAGUCAGGAUCUUGAGCCAAAACAAAAGGGACUAUAGAGUCCAGAUCUGGAAUGAAAUCUAAUGCAUUUGUGAGAGCAUUGGAGAGCAUAAAGUGAUGUCUAAAAGGAGUUGUUUUGGAUAACACACUAGUGUACUGAGAGAUCAGUCAGACUGAAUGACUUUAUCACCUCCAAACAAAACAGCAGUGUUAGAAAUCCCAGCUCAGGUGUGACCUAGCUGUUGGAUGCCGAGCGGGAAGGAAUGACACAUGGAAACAUUCCAUCCUAAAACACAAGGUAUUUCAAAUUGCUAAUUAGUUUUCUGCAGUUCACUGCAGAUUCAGGCUCCUCCUGUGGCCUCCCAGAGCCUCUCUCAGUUCUAUUUUCAUGAUAGCAUGUUCAUGAGUUUGCCACUUAGAUGGUUCAGAGGCUUUACACCUUCUUUUCUUCUUUUAAAGUGACAGGGAGCCUUCAGCAAAGAGCAGAGGUGAGAUCAUUCCAGAUGCCUGCUGACUUCUGAACUGCUGUGAGCUGAUGAGAUAGACAGUGGUGAAUUUCAUACAGUUUCUUCCAAAAUAAAAGAGAAGUCUUCCUCCUUUCCUGCAGCCAAGAGGUGAGCCAGUGGUUAGCAGUGCCUAAGGAGAAUAGGAAGCAACUAGCUCUCCUAGGGGAGGAUUGUAAUAACAGUACCUCUGCUAUAAGGCUGCAAUGACAAGUAGUCCUACCAUAAUUGAAAAAGAAGAGAAAAGUUAGAAAUGAGACCAUUAAGGUAAGAGAAUUCAUUAGUGGUUUGCCUAGUUGAUGUUCAAAGUUACAUUUCUCUCUUCCAUCACCCCAUCUGUGACUCUUGCACCGGUGUAACUUCUUUAGAGAAGUGCUUCAGAGGGUAAAAACUGAUGCUCAAAUGUCAGCUGAGAAUUUGAGACAAACUUUUAGAACUGUCCAGUUCUAGAGGAGAUGUAGAAAGAAACUUCAAAAAAGCCCACGUGCUGCUGGCACCUGCCUGGCUCAGAGUGGGGGAGAACAUGGAGAGGGAACUGUUCAGCUCCAGCAGUUGAAAAGGGCAGGGGAAAACCAGAAAAUGUCUCUGCUCUAGCAGAUGCUGGUCUGGAAACUCAUUCUGGAUGAGAAAUAGUUCUAGCAAGUUAGUUUUGAAAUGACCUUGCAGAGGGAUCGGAAGAGAAGCAGCUGCAGUCUGUUGCUGUUGUGGGAAAGGAGAGGAGAGGCAGCUUGAGCAAACUGCAGGGGUAGGAGUGCACCUGAGCACUGCAGCUCUCAGGGGCUGGAGGCUACGAGCUCAUGAACAACUACCCCGGGUAUGCUGGGGACCUCGAUUCAGGUCAGAAGGCCUGGAGUGCCCAUCCCUGUACACACACCUGCCUGUGUGAGGAAGCAGCACAGCCACCUCGCACUAUGGAGUAAGUUGCCUUGACUAAGCUUAUAUUUACCAGAGGAUCAACACAAUGCCUUUGCACAGAAGAGCUGGUGCACGAUACCCAAGGUACUUGUUGAGGUAAGAGUGCAGGCAGGGGUUCUGUAGCACCUCUGCUGAGAGGGGGCCUCUGGAGCCAGCAGCACAGUAAGGUGUGCUGGUGCCAAGCAGCUCACCUCUGACUUGGCUCUUUCGUCUCACUAGCUCCAUGCAGCAAUGUCAGCUGCUGCAUUCCUGUGGGAGUUUGUUAGCAGUAAGACUCCUCUCCCUCAGCUUUGUCGGUGACUUGGAUGUUUUUGGCCUUGGAUAACUAUCCUAGGCCUCAGGUUUGUUCCCAGAUUACAGGUGGGAGUAGUACCUGCUUACCUCACAGGAACGGUGUGAGGCUGUCCAUUACUGCUUGCAAGAUGCUGGGAGAUUCUGUGGAGGAAGGUGCAAUAUGGAAAGGAAUGCACAAAGAGAUACAUCAGCUAACUUCAAAGAUGAUGGGUGUUGGGGCCCUGCAAGGGUAGAAAUUUGGCUGAAAUGUAACCAAAGUGGUCAAAAUGAAAUCCCUCUUUAUUUUACAAAGGGGAGGAAAUUCACUGAGCAUCUGAUCCAGUUCCUAUUAUAGGGAAAGAUGUCAAAGGGAGUUGGACCAAACCUUAACUAUCUCUGAGGGCUCUUGCUAUAGAGGGAUUUUUUUUAUUGCUGUUAUUAUUUGUUAUUCUUAAGGUACUGAGAUCAAAUGGCCUGUGUUGUCCACAUGCAUCCGUUCUGAACACUACAAUGCAAUGCUGACCAUGGUCACUUUUGACAUUGACUGUAUUGGUUGAGUGUUUGUUACUCUGAAUUGUGUUAUGCUACUAAAUAAAUGAGACUGAAGGAACAAAAA